CAUGAUCAAAUUAUAAAAGGAAGAAAAGUUGAUAAAAAUGACAUGAAAAUAAAAACAUGCUUCGUCGACUACAAAUAACAAACAAAACGAUGAAGCGUGUUUCAUAGAUAUCUUUUAGAUGAAUGUAAUAUGUAACGAAAAAUAUUUCAAGAGCGAAAUUAUGUUUGUUUGCCUCCUUACCUACUUUGUGUGCAAAUAUAUACAUAUAUACAUAGCUUUGAUCAUUUUUUACAUAUUUGUAUUUUAGUUUGCAUGCUUGGAAUGCGUUGCUAGAAAGACACGUGACGUGUGAGCUUCUUCGAUGACUGACAUUUUAUUCCUUCAUUUACAUCCGAUCAAAAAACGAUCGAGAAAAGAAAGUUUAUAAAUAUAUCUUAUUUAAUUUUUGUUCGUAUAGAAGUUGCUCGCACGUUUUAACGUAAUGCAUGUUCAUAACAUGUUGUAGAUUUUUUCAUAAUUCUAUCUUUUAUGUUUGCCUUCGCUCGUUGCCUUCUUAACUUUCUAAUGGUCGAUGUGUUUCCUUUUUUGCAGAUAUAAGCUUUUCUUACGAAUAAACUGUAAUAUUUUGUUCUGAAGAAAGAUAGAAAAUGGUUAAGAAGGAAUCGAACGAAUUAUUUUCGUCGGUUUUUAAUCGUGUAGUUGAGGAAUUUUAUAAAUGGUCUUUUAGACACGACACAGAGACGUUCCUAUUCCUGUCGUGAACAAACCAUCGAAUUCAUUAACAUCUCUAAAAAUUGCUUUUCUUCCUUCAACGAAAGUUCUGGGAAAUUAUUAAGAAAUUGGUUCAGUCGGAUUGUUGCUACAAGGUCAUAGGAAUCUCUCGAGCGUUUUUGAGUUGCAUGUGCAUGUUUGGCAGAAUAUAUCAUGUAUACUGUUAAUAGUGAGCUUAAAUAUGAGAUAGUAUUCAACGAUAUUCAUCGAGAGUUGUGAAUAUAAGGAUGUCUCUACUUUCUUAAACCCAGCGGUCUAGACAUGUUCGAUAAAAAGUCGAUUAAAUCUAUAUCGAGACUAGGAAUCAAGGGAAGAAUAGCAGAUGAAUAGAUAUCACCUGAUGAUAAAGCUUGUCACAUUGUUCUUCUACAGGGAUGUUCUUGAAAUUACAGCAAGUGGAACAAAAUAUCAAAAUACGGAGAAAAAUAUAGAAAUAUUUUUAAAUGAUCUUAAAUACACGUUGUUCUAACAGAAACAUGGAAAGAUGAAAUUAAUAAAAUUAGAUCAUGUUAUAUAUUGAAAAUAAUCUUAGUUUACUACAUUAUUAUGUUCUUUUAUGAAAAUGACCAAUUAAUAGAGAUUGAAUAACAAUAAUUAAGCUAUUAUUAUUAAUAUAAUUUUCAAUAAUUUCAAUAUAAUUAUUAUUUCUCAAAGAAUAUUUGCUUUUGAAGAUUCUUCUAAAUAUUAUGUGAAUACAGUGAAAGUGAAAUCUUCGAUCAUUCCUCGGUCGCUGGGUUCUCUGAGGCACAAAAACUGUUCCACCGAAGCAUUUCGAUGAAUAAAAUCGUCUAGUUUAAAAAAAAGAAUGAAAUAGAUGAAUCGCGAUUAUAACGAAACAAAACGGGCAGGUUUCGCCCAGUUUCUCGCGUGAGCGUGUAAAACGCGAUAGACCAUUUGGUUCUGAUGGCAAAUUAGGUCGAAUAUGCUCAUUGGGACAAAUUAGGUUACGAAAGUAAUAACAGAGAGCAGGAGAUGAGAGGGAAUGCGUGCGUGUACGAGAGAAAGGCGGGUCGAAUAAAGAGCAGAAAGAAAGGGGAUGAAAAAGUGGGAGAGGCAGAAAGAGGGAAAAGAGAAAGAAAGGAAUUAGCAUACCCGGUGACACCUCAUCCACCAACAGGUUUUGUCCCUGCGCCGGCACAGCCUGCUACCUACGGUAGUACACUUGCAGGUGCCGCACCGUAUGGAGUAUUUCCUAAUCAACCACAACUUUAUGCAGCGCAAGGACCACCGCCGCCGACGUAUGAUCAAACUCUUACUCAUCCGAUGAUGUAUCAACCAAUGUAUGGUCAAGGAUACCCAGGAUACUUAGCGGGUUAUCCUGCAUAUGGACCAUUGCAAUAUUAUCCACCAUUAGCUGCAGCUGCAGCAUAUUACCCUGCAGCAGCAAUGCAGCCUCCAGUUAGGCCCCCUACACUUGUGAUGCCUAAUGGAUUCGAUGCUACUAAUCGAUUUGAUAGUAUCUCACAACCUGUCUUGCCACCACCCCCAACAGUUCCAAAUGCCGCUCAACUAGCUGCAAUGGCGAGUCACAGCGUGGCUAUAUCGCAAAAGAAAAAUUUCCUAGGAGGGGGAACAGAAGGCGGUUACACCUUUUGGUAAACCAUUAAAACUUUUGUGAAACACUAAGUCUAACAAAGGCAUUGUUGUCGAGAUGAUCCAUGUAGGCAAAUCUGAUUUAUGUUAGAAUUCUACUAUUUUCACAUUGGGAGCAGCUAUUAAUUAGUAUAUCUUGUGCGUGGACCGAUCGCAAAAAUAGCACUUUCUAAUUCACUAAUAUUCUAAAAGUGCUUAGUAUAUUUUCUGUUAGCUCGUUAGUUUUUUCUUGUCACAGAUUUAUAUGUGACGUAUAGUUAUCGGUGCACAAUGCGAUUUUCAAAUUUUAGCUAUCGGUCGGCGCAUACAACAUACUAUAAGAUUUAAGAGAAACAUUAAGAAGGGAAGACUCGUGCGGCACCAGUUAUAUGAUUGAAAAAAAGCAGCUAUUUGAGAUAACUCGAAAAAAAUCUAAAAGCACAUUUUGUAAACUAAAGAUGCGUAAAAGUGAAAUUGUAGGUCUUCGAUGAUAUUUCGUUAUCUCAUGAUGGUAACGACCAAAUGAUAAAUGAUCCCUCGACGUACUUAAACUAAAAUUUAAGAAAAUGAUGGUUAUUUAAAAAUACAAGAUAUUAUUUUAAAUUACUCGAUUGUCACGCGACGUUAAGUUGUAUUAAUAUAACAGAAUCCGUACGUUUAAUAUUACGAAUGCUAUAAAAUUCUUUUUGAAAAUGGAAAAUUUCAAUUAUGUGAUCUAAAAAAAGUUUUAUCUUUUCGUAUUUAACGCAAUUAACGAUACAUUUCAAAACGCACGAGAUGUUCCAUUUUUAUUUUAUAAAAGUGAUGUUAAACGCGAGCGAGAGUAGGGAACACGGUGUUGUUCUUCUUUUUAGAGUUAGCGGGUGAAUACAUGCACCAGUGGAUGCGAGUUGUCUUAUUCGCCUACAGGGAUCGAUAUUCAAAGUGUGUUCUAAGCCUUUUUUAAGCGCGACUUGGUUUUCUGCAAGGCAAACCGAAGAGCAAAGGGGUUGCUCGCGUUAUUUCUGUUACUUUCUAGACGACUAUAUUUUUUUUCGAUAUUUUUUUCCUUUGGAGCUUUUAAUGCUCCAAUGAAGUUUCUUUUCCAACGUGAAAAAAGGUCAUCAUAGCCCCAACGUUUAGGGAAAAAAGAACAUGUUCGUGAUAGGAGCCUGAGGAAUGCGUGAGAGUCAUUCGUAAUUGUUGAGGUUAUUUGUUGCGCAUUAUACCUGUAAUUUAGCGAACAAUUAGUAGUACAUAGGAAACUUUUAUUAUUCUUUUUUUUUUGAUAAAAAUUUUAGUGAGGGCAGUAGGGAGAGAAAUGUUUGAAAUGGUUCCUUUUUCACGUCAUUAAAAUCAUUAUGUAAUUUUGACGCAUUUUAUGAUUAUAAAAUAUGUAUAAGCGAUGUUCAAGGCUCGAGUGCCAAACGACAAAGUUCAAAAUUAUAAAAUAUACCGAAGAUUCUCACGUAUUCAAUCGACUUCAAAGAUACUUACCUACUCUACCUAAAAGUACGCACUCUCUUCUUUAAAAACAGUAGUCUUUCUUCCUAGUUGUUUGAUGUUUCUUUUUUAAAUGCAGAUUAGCUAGGUCGGCUAACAAAGUUAUUAUUUAAUUGAAAUGAAAGGCUUGCCCGCGGCGUUCGAAUUUCUAUAAGUGGGUUAAAAUUGUGCUUUGAUUGAAACAGUUACCAUGUAGUGACUGAAAUUCCUCAAUAAACGUUAUUUUGCCUUUUCAAUAAGCACCCGUGUAACUAUUCGAACUGAUCGAUGUGUAAUACCCAAAAAAUAUAAUAGUAUAUAUAGUAUAUAAGUACGUCCUCUCCGUAAGCAUUGUAAACAUAGUAACAUUAUCCAAGUUUUCUUUAUUCGUGUCAAGUUGCAUAGUAACUAUGUGGGAACUGAAUUCGACCAAAGCUCACGAAGGAAACAAAUAGUUGACUCAAUUUCAAAGUACAAAUUGAAUAUCCAUGUAAGUAGAGGGAAAGUUCGUAACGACGGGGUCAAGCCUUAUGUCAGCCAUAUUAGGCGAUGUUGCGGUAAUGAUACGGUAAGCAACGCAGCGAGUUCGUAACGCCUAUAAUUUAAUAUACAGUGCAGAAUGUUGUUAACAACUACAUACUAUUUUCUGAGAAACUUGAGAUCUAUUUCAAAGAACGAAGAGACACAGAAAUCCUGGAGAUUGUGAAAAAAAAUAACUAGUUGCACACAGCUACGAAAACGACUGUUUUGCUCCGCGAUCAUAGGCAUAUAGUACGGUGAACCUGCUGAUAGGAUACCUGAAAUGUUCCAUUCUGCAGGUGCACAAUUAAACACGAUAUUAAUUAAGCAAUGAAGAUCGAAGAAACUAAUUUACAAUCGGUGAUAGCUUAGGAUAGGACCAAGAAACGCAGUUCUAUUUAGAAUUUUUCGAAUAGGUGUUCCGGCAAACUUGACCAGUACUCUAAUAUGUUUCGCAUUGGGCUUUAAUGAGGAUGGGUAUUUUCAAAUACCUCUCUGUGAUGUAAACAAAAGUGACUUUUUACUCUUUAAUUGAGAUUAAAAUAAGUUACAAUUUAAUUAACAGUGAAUCAAAGUGAUUUCUAUUCUGCUUUGAAAAUUCUAUUAGUUAAAUUUUUAUGAAUCAAGUUUAUUCUAUGGAGGAAAUUAUGUAUCAAUUUCAAAAACAAAAUUCAUCCAACGUUUUCAAUUUUUGCACCGUUAAAAAACGCAGGAACUUCCUAAAAAAAUUAACUACUGUUCUUUGUAUUUUGUGAUAUCUGAUUACCUCAAAAUCUAAAGCAGAAUAUGUAGGUACUUGUCUUGUUUUGUACCAUCGUCGAAUUUAAUUGAGUUUCUACGAAAAGAAAAGAAGAAAAAGAGGAUAAUGCGCGAACGAUUGGAAUUCAAAUUUUCAUAAGGGCGAAACGCACUGGCCAAAUUUGUUGCCACAGCGCCAUAACUUACAUUCACCUUGUACCUUCAAUUCUUUUUCUACCAGAUGUACCUACAGUUAUUCACAUAUGACCAGCGUUUGAUAAAGAAGCGCGUAAUCUCAAUCUUAUUAAAAGAAAAAAAAUCUAGUCCGAAGAGUCUGACUGAUUGGGAUACAAAAUGUUACAUAGACCUUUUUUCUCAAUCCGUGCGACGCCAGGUGCGAAAUAAAUACCGCAGCAUUCACUUAUACCUCGAGACAUCUGAGAAAAUUGACAUUUUCCAAAACAAAAAAAAAAAAAACACUCAUGCCAUUCCAUUUGACGACAUUGAGUCAUAAUCGACACAUGUACGAGUCGCAUUUAGGAAUUUGAGACGCGUAUUAAAAAAAAAAAAGAAAAAAAUAUUUAAAAAAAGACAAAAAAAGGUGAUAAGCGAGAAGUAUGUCGUUACUUGAAAUGUAAUCACUCUCGUCGAAUUUUUGCGAGUUUGCAUAUCAGCAAAGGGCUGUUUAUUGCAAAAAAUGGGGCACUUCGCUCAUACCUUACAUUGCACAAGAAGUGCACUGAGCCAUCUUAAUCUUUGCAGCUAUGAUAAGAAUUGAAUGUUACAAUGAUCCUUUCAGAAAGAGAAAAAUGAAAGAAAAUGAAUACUAAGCCCAAUGGCUAAUUUUAUAGGAACUUGUACACGUGAAGAAACAAUUGAAUUAUGUUGUGUUGAUAUUUAUAUUUAAAUUAUUAUUAUUUAAACAAUUUAUUCGCAGAUUACCUACAAUUUAGAACAAAAUUUACGCAACAUUUUGACCAAUUAUUUUGUAUUUUGAGCGAGAGUGGUGGAAAGGUUUUAUAUCAUGAAAAAAGUGUGCAAUAAGCGUAAUGUCUAUUGUAACAAUAAAGAAAUGAUAUUAAUUGCAA